AGACUGCAACCUCUGUGGUCAAGCUCCUUCAUCCAAAGAAGGUCCGACAUGAUGAAGAUGAACCUGAGUCACCUUGCUGUCCUGGCCCUGCUGCUGGGCCUUUCAGCUCAAGACAAUUCCCUGGCACAAGCACAGGAGGACGGUGUCCAGACCAAGAAGCCUUACCGUUUAGACAUUACCUCAAGAAUUCUUGAGGCAAAUAAAGGCAUCAGCCAAAAUCUGGUGGAAGGUGACAUCGCUCUAUCAAAGAAAAGGAAUGGCAUGAAAUGCUGGAACAACUACUGCAAGUGGCGAAAAUCCUACAACGGACUUGUUGAAGUGCCGUACAGCCUCAGCGAUUACUUCUUUGACAGUGAGAAGGCCAUAAUCAGGAAAGCUAUGGAAAGCUUCCACCAGAAAACCUGCGUUCGCUUUGUUCCUCAUCUUGGCCAGUCUGACUACCUCAGCAUUGAGAGUGAACUUGGGUGCUGGUCAACUAUUGGCAGAGACGGAGGGAAGCAGGUGGUUUCUUUGUCCAUGUACGGCUGUCUUGCACAUGGGAUCGUUCAGCAUGAGCUCCUCCAUGCGCUUGGUUUCCACCAUGAGCAUGCUAGGAGUGACAGGGACCAGUAUGUCAGGAUCAACUGGGAGAAUGUCCCUUCAGCAAAUGUCUUUAACUUCAACAAAAUGGACACCAACAACUUGAACACGCCGUAUGACUAUUCUUCUAUUAUGCAUUAUGGAAGGACCGCCUUCACAUCUGCGUUUGGAGCCAACACCAUUACUCCUAUUCCUGAUCCCUCUGUGCCAAUCGGGCAGAGAGAAGACAUGUCUUAUAUUGAUAUCCUCAGGAUCAACAGGUUAUAUGGAUGCAACAUUUGAAAGAAAAUGAAGACAGCUUUCACAAGAUAUCUCCAGAGCUUCAUGAGUGGCAUUGAGUGUAUCAUAUUGUUGACUGAUCUCACCAAAUAAAUAAACACUGAUAUGAAAAA